AGAGAAUAUGAUGCCUCCUGCAAGUCAACUCGUGUACUUUAGUUAAUAGAGGUAGCUAGCUGAAAUAUUCUAGCCGUGUUGUGUUGGAGAACGUGGCGUGGCAGCCUGUGGCACUCGUACAUGUCACCUGUCGUCUCGUUGGUCUGAAGGGUCGUUCACGUUCAAACUGGCAGGGCGACCGAGAAUUGUACUUUUUGUCUAUUUUGAAUAGACACAUUUCAGCGGGCGGUUUGUUUUCCCUUCCUCGAUAUCUUGUAGGCGAAAGUUGCGAGCCUUUACCUCCUCACCCCCCAAAACCAUAUUUAAUACAGCAUGGUCAUGGCUGACAAUCACCAAAAACCGAUGUUCCGGGGUCCUGUCCGAGUGGGUUUCUACGAUAUCGAACGUACUCUGGGAAAGGGUAAUUUCGCCGUUGUAAAGCUGGCUAGACAUCGUAUUACCAAGACCGAGGUUGCCAUUAAAAUAAUAGACAAGAGCCAACUAGAUGAUGUGAACCUGGAGAAGAUCUAUCGGGAGGUACAGAUCAUGAAAAUGUUGGACCACCCGCACAUCAUCAAGUUGUACCAGGUAAUGGAGACCAAGAACAUGCUCUACUUGGUGACGGAGUAUGCCAAGAACGGGGAGAUUUUCGACUACCUGGCCAAACACGGGCGACUGAGCGAGCUAGAAGCGCGGCGCAAGUUCUGGCAGAUCCUAUCAGCGGUGGAGUACUGCCACAAUCGUAACAUAGUCCACCGAGACCUGAAGGCUGAGAACCUGCUGCUGGACGGACACAUGAACAUCAAGAUAGCAGAUUUUGGCUUUGGGAACUUCUUCCAGCCCGGGGAGCCCCUGGCCACAUGGUGCGGCAGCCCCCCCUACGCCGCUCCGGAGGUGUUUGAGGGACAACAGUACGAGGGCCCCCAACUGGACAUCUGGAGUAUGGGGGUGGUGCUGUACGUGCUGGUGUGUGGCGCCCUGCCCUUCGAUGGCCCCACCCUGCCUGUUCUCCGACAGCGCGUCUUGGAGGGUCGCUUCCGCAUCCCCUACUUCAUGACAGAAGACUGCGAGCACCUGAUCCGGCGAAUGUUGGUGCUGGACCCGUCCAAGCGUCUGUCAGUGGCUCAGAUCAAGGAACAUAAGUGGAUGGCACUGGAUGUUCCGGUGCAGAGGCCCAUGCUGUACCAACAGGAGGGGGACCUGAGCGUGGGCGAGUACAGUGAGCAGGUUCUGAGACUCAUGCACAGCCUGGGCAUCGACCAACACAAGACCAUCGAGGGUCGCCCAAAAAGUUACAUAUUGCAGCUUUCACAUUCCUGUGUCCAGUCGCUCCAGAACAAGAGUUACAACCACUUUGCUGCUAUCUACUACCUGCUGGUGGAGCGUCUCAAUGCCCACCGCUGCAGUUUCCCUGUGGAGCAGCGGCUUGACGUACGCCAGCGCCGGCCCAGCACCAUCGCAGAGCAGACUGUCGUCAAGCCGAGCGAGCCAAGCGGUUGCUCCCCCCAGGUGGGUCUCCUGCCCCAUGGGGUGCGGGGUCUACUACGCUCCCCAGCGCUGUCCCAAGCCUCUGUUGAUGCCUUUAACUUCCCACAGUCACCGCUUCUGCCCGAGCACAGCUUCAUGGUCGAGGAUGUGGCCACUCCUAAAGUGAACGGCUGUAUGCUGGACCCCCUGCCCCCCACAGUGCUGCGCAAGUCCAGUGUGUCGUCACCCAGUAACAUGAUGGAGACGUCCAUCGACGAGGGCAUAGAGACGGAGGAGCCCGACGCCGAGGACGACCCCGCCCACUUCUUCUCCGCCUUCCAGACGGCCCGCUUCGGCCAGCGCCGACACACCCUGUCCGAGGUUACUAAUGAGCUGGGCCCCGUCAUCAACCAAGAUAAACUGUUCACCAUGGGCCACAACCCGUCCCUGGGCAGUGUGGACUCCGACAUGGGCUACGACAUGGGCUCCUUGCACAGUGACCUGGGUCUGCUGGAGGACGCCCCCUCUCUCAGCGAGGUGGUCCUGGCCAACACCCACAGCUCGGGGACCCACGUGACCCAGGGCCCCUUCAUGAGCCAGCGGCCCCCCAACCCCACCAUGCAGGCCCUGAGCUCCCAGAAGAGGGAGGCCCACAACCGUUCUCCCAUCAGCUUCAGGGAGGGCCGCCGCGCCUCCGACACCUCCCUCACACAAGGUCUGGUUGCAUUCCGGCAGCAUCUCCAGAACCUGGCACGGACCAAAGGCAUCAUGGAGCUGAACAAACAGAUGUACGAGCAGAUGGGCUCCGGGGAGGAGGGGCUCCAUGCAAACCUGCAGAACCUGCUGGACCCCACGCUGCAGGGUGAGGCAUCUAAGCACGAGGAUAACUUAGCUUUAUACCAUGGUGGUGCCCAGCCUCUACUGUCCCGAAGACAGAGCCUGGAGACACAAUAUCUCGCACACAGACUACAGAAAGCUAGUGUUAUGGCUAAUGUGAGUCCUGCUAGCUGCCAGCUCUUCUGUAAGGAGAAUCCUCGGAGUCUAGAGCAACAGCUGCAGGAGCAUAGGUUGCACCAGAAGAGGAUGUACCUCCAGAAGCAGACCCACCUCCAAGCCUACUUCAACCAGAUGCAGAUAGUGGAAGGUUCCUAUCCAGGGGACCCAGGGGCAAUACACAAUCCACAGCAGCAGGGGGCCAUGGCUGGGGCCCACCAGCAGCAGGGCAGCUCCCAGGCCUCCCCUCCCUACACCCAGGCCCUCAGCCCCUUCAUUGAGCCCAGUGCCAACCUGGUCUACGACCACUACCUGGCCCAGCACUACCCCCACCCUCACUCCCACCUCAGUCCAGUUUCAAGGCCCCCUGCCCUGGUUGGCCAGCUGCAGAACCAGCACCCCGAGGCCCUGGGAUACAGUUACCAGCUGUGUGACCAGCAGGGCCAAUUCCACACUCCGCAAGAGGCACUUUAUCCAGAGCAAUACGAGUUCCACCUGGACCCCGGGCAGCCGCACCGGCCUGGCCCAGGAGAGGCCCCUGUUGCCGGGUAUGAGGGGCUGGCGUUACCCACCGAGCUCCAGGACUCCUUUCUGGACAGCGAGAUGAUGGAGACUGUAGACUCGCAGCAUGGCUUCCUACUGGUGAACUGAAGCCGGUAGAACUGUGGGGAGAAAGCAGUAUUACCGACAGUUGAAAAUCUACACAGCAUCAUGUCGUAGAUGUCAUGGAGUGGAGUUGGGGGUCAAGGUACAGGGGAAGUGUUGUUUUUUUUUUGUAUCAAUGAAUACUAUUUUUUUAGUUGUGGUGAACCAACCUCAGAACCUUUCUACCAAAAUCCUCCAGAUCUCCCUUCCCACUUCUCUGUUCCCAUCAGCCCUAUGCAAGGACCCAGGCCUGGAGGCUGCCUGGGUGAUGGGGGUGUGCCAGCAUGGAUGGCUGGCUGGGUGUGUGUGGAUGGAUGUUGCCAUGAUGGGGGGUGUCACAUGUGAAGUGAUAUCGCUCCACAGGAACACAACUGCCUCAAAGCUGACUGCAGCCGCAGCGGCCCCGUCGAGAACAAGUGCUGGACGAUGCAAGAAAACUUAGCACAGUUUGGUCGUUUUUGGAAGACGUGCACAACGGAAUUUGGCUUACCGAAAGCACAAACCAAACGACAAAGAUGCUAUUUUGUAUUGAAGUAGGCCAAGAACUCAAAAACACAUUGGGUGUUUUGAAGUAGUAAAAAUAAUAAACGAACAAGAGACAAAGUAAUGAAUUAAUGCGCACUUGAUAAGUGCAGUGUUAGUCAAUAUUUUAUUGUAGCAAUAUUGAAUCAACAGGCUUUUUCCUCACCAGAAAGUCGUACUUUAAUGUGUGGUGUUUUUGGGGAGAAUUCCAGUAUGAUGACUCACAGCCAACAUAUCCACAGUGACCGCUCAUCACUGCGUAGACCGUGAUGAGAUAAUCCCCCCACUAAUACCAUCGCAGCAGAUAACAAAAUGAAUUGUAUAAAUCGGCUAGAUAUUUCCAACAAACUACACAAAUCAGUUUGAGGCCCUUUGCUUCACUAGGAGCUAAAAGGAAUACAGUGCCUUGCAAAAGUGUUCAUCCCCCUUGGCGUUUUUCCUAUUUUGUUGCAUUACAACCUGUAAUUUAAAUGGAUUUUUAUUUGGUUUUCAU